ACAAUCGGGUACACUCCAAGACAGAAGUAACACAUACAUUCGACAUAAUAACGAAGCACCUAAACCUAAAACAGUAAACAGGCUACGCUGCCUUUUUUUAUGUACUACUUCGUCAUUGACCAAUACUCGCUCAAGACGCAACAACUAAAUGGAAAUGAAUGCAGGAUGUACGGAUUAUUACGGUGCCUUUGUUAAGAAUUCGUACUCCAGAAAUGAUAGCCAAGUUUUUUACUGUUGAUUUAUGGCUGCAGUUAAAGCUUCUUUGUAUUUCUACGUUGUUACGUAUUAGUCGGAAUAAUGUGGGAACACGAUUCACAUUUAACCAAAACUUUUGUGUAUCUUUGUACCGCUUAACAGCAGAGUGAUAAUUAUAUUGAAUGCCCCUUUUUCAAGAUUUUCACUGUUUAAAUUGCAUAAUGUACUUUACGUUUGUAGGUGAUGCUUAAGUUUACUCGCAAGUGUCGUAUCGUGCUGGCAUGUGUUGCUUCUGAUAUCGAUGUUAAAUUGUGUUUACUGUGUAAUUUUAAGCCGAUUUCUUGAGUCGGUUUAACAUAUGAUUUAGAAACUUUUAAUUGUUGCAUGUGUUGAUUUGCUGAAUAAUACACGAGUUUUUUUAUGGGUUCCAAACUGAAGGCCUACUUUUUUUGAUAGAAUUUUGUACAGCAGACCUCGUUCCGGCGUAUGUUAAAGGUUCGCAGUUGUUAGUAGGUUUAACCUGUGCUGGAAGAGGAUAUGUCGGACCGGGAAAGUGGAGAUGACCAACCGCAGGGGCAAAACAAGUAUGGACAAUCUGUUGGUAUGGAAACAAGUGGAAGCACCGACUUUGACUCAGGCCAGCAACAACAAGGAGAACAAGAGCUUGCAACAAAAAUGCUCCUGAUACAGUCAAAGAGAUUUUAUUUGGAUGUGAAGCAAAACAGAAGAGGAAGAUUUAUAAAAGUAGCAGAAAUUGGUGCAGAUGGAAGACGGAGUCAGAUAUAUUUGGCCCUUUCAACAGCAGCGGAAUUUAGAGAUCAUUUAUCAACAUUUAGUGACUAUUAUGCAUCUUUAGGCCCUCCAAACCCAGAAAAUGUACCAGAAGAUGGAAAAUUAAAGUCAGAAAUGAUGAUAAAAGAUAACAGACGAUACUACCUAGAUCUUAAGGAAAAUUCUCGUGGACGGUUUUUAAGGGUGUCUCAAACAAUCACCCGAGGUGGUCCACGUUCUCAGAUAGCUAUACCAGCACAGGGAAUGAUUGAAUUUAGAGAUGCAUUAACAGAUCUUCUGGAAGAAUUUGGAACUGAUGAUGGAGGAUUCAAAGGAGAACUCCCAGAAGGAAGGCACAUGCGGGUUGAGAAUAAGAAUUUCUAUUUUGACAUUGGUCAGAACAACAGAGGAAUCUACAUGCGGAUCUCUGAAGUGAAGACAAAUUUCCGGACAGCCAUCACAGUUCCAGAGAAGUCCUGGGCCCGAUUUAGAGAUAUAUUUGCAGAUUACUGUGAAAAAAUGAAGGAAGGUGGUGAGAAAGUGUCUGUAGGUGGUGGAUCAGAAGGUGGACCUAACACGAAGUGAGGUUUACCUUCCUCCUAGGGUGCAUUCAAAAACACUUCCAUCCAAUGAAUCAAGACUCCAGAGAAAGGAAAGCAUAGAUUGUCUUCAAAUUUAUGGAAUUCCAUAGGUGAUUGUAAAAGUUUCUGGAUUUUCAUGCAAGAUGAUUAGUAAAAGUUUGAGUAUGUAUAAAUAAGCAAGAUUUAUGUCCAGGAGAAACAGUGAACACUUUUGCAGAUGGCCCUAGAGAGUAAUGAGCAGAUUAUGUAUAACUAGUUGAGUUUCACAAAUUUGAUGUACUUGGAGUGGGUAAGGUUUUAUGAAGAAAUGUUAUAUUGCCAAAUUGACUUCGAAUCUUAAUUUACAUCAUUAAUGGAACAGAGGAAAUAGUUUUUUUUUUUAAUUUAUUUGCUUGAGAUUAUAUCAUUUAUGAUGAGAGUGUAAAAAAAAAGCUGAAAAACCACAAAAAAAAGAUUAUGGAGUUAGUUAAAUGGGUGGAGGAAUUAAGCUGAAGGAAGCUGAAUGAUUGCUUUUUUGUGUAGAAAGGUUAUAGAUGGAAGUUGUAUAUCAAAUUAUUAUGGAAGUAUAUUUCUUUGGAAGUUCACUAAUUUGUAAAUAGUAUAUGGAACAGAAUGACAAAGGACAAAGAGAGUCUCUGAGCGCUGUUAGAGGUCUGUUGCUUUAUUUCUGUUAAUAGGUACUGUUGUUUGUUGUUUGAAUCAGAGUUAAAGGUUACUAGUUAGUAAUGAGUUGCGAGUCUAUAAAUCUUGACAGAAUUCAGAGACAAUGUGGUCAGCUGAUUUAGAAAGAGCAUUAUGAAGAAAGUGAUAUCAGAAAGUUUCAUAUAUUAAACAAUGUAUGAAAACUAGUUUAAAGUUAAAAUGACGCUUUCCAGUAAUUUUACACAUGUAAACAGCAUUAGAAAAUUAUUAUAAAAUGUUAUUAAGUUAAAUGUUAUGAUGCAUAAAAAUUUUAUUGAAUUGAUACUGAAAGAAAUUUUAAUGUGAAAUAUUUGUGGAGUUAUUGUUAACCACACUUUAUUUUUUAAUAAAGUUUGUAAAUUACUACAAGAGUACCAGUUGUAAUCCAAUUUGGUCAUAUAUAAAAUUUCGUUUGCAGUUAACUGUUUUAUCAGUGACCUUCCAGGCAUCAGUUUUCUUCUGUUAAGACAUAGUAACAGUGAUGUCAAAUAGUUUAGCCAUAAUAAUUUGGUUUUCUCUAUAUUUAAAAUUUUAUUGCUACAAUAUCAUUGUGGAAAGUGGGUACAAACGUUUGAUUUUUACAUAACUCAGUUACAUGGGAACUUGAGGACUCAGAAGGCUGUGCCAUAUUUCUUUGAAGUAGGGUGUCAAUUACGUUUUGUCACAUCUGAUUACACAUUGGCAUUAUGAUAAUUGCUUUAAAAGUGAAAUGUGCAGUGAUAAGCCAUUGUGAGAAGACCGUGCUCUUCAACUUACAUUUCCUUCAUCACAAUAAACUUACUAUCUCAUUGCUUAAUGUACUGUCAUGUUGGAUAGCUGUUGCGAAGAGUGAUAUUGAAACUAUUUUCAGACAAACUGAAGUGAUAACUGUUGCAGCCUGGUGCUGUAACAGGUUUAAUAUUCAAGAAAUUUGGAUUUAGGUUUAGCUGUUGCUUUUUUAUGGUUCAGCAGGCAUGGGAUGUGUAGUUUACUGAUUUAGUGUUGGAACUUUUCUUGUGGAUUGUUUUUGACUAUUGAGGAAACAGUUAGUUUGAGGUUGAACUAUGCAUCUGUCUCCUCAUACUUGAUUCUUUUAAAACAUACAGUUAUGUUUGUUGAACUCUGAUUUUGGAUUCAAAUAAAUAAUUAAUAUUUUGGA